CUCCCCUUCCCCCCAGCCCUGGCUCCGGGGGACCCCGCGAUGCCGGUUCGCACCGAGUGUCCCCCGCCGGCCGGUGCCUCGGCCGCUUCGGCGGCCUCGCUCAUCCCGCCGCCGCCCAUCAACACCCAGCAGCCCGGCGUGGCCACCAGCCUGCUCUACAGCGGCUCCAAGUUCCGCGGCCACCAGAAGAGCAAGGGGAACUCGUACGACGUAGAGGUGGUGCUGCAGCACGUCGACACGGGGAACUCUUACCUUUGUGGGUACCUGAAGAUUAAAGGCCUUACUGAGGAGUAUCCAACCCUUACGACCUUCUUUGAAGGAGAAAUAAUCAGCAAAAAACACCCUUUCUUAACUCGCAAGUGGGACGCGGAUGAAGACGUUGAUCGGAAACACUGGGGCAAGUUUCUGGCUUUUUACCAGUAUGCAAAAUCAUUUAAUUCAGAUGACUUUGAUUAUGAAGAGCUGAAGAAUGGGGAUUACGUCUUCAUGAGGUGGAAGGAACAGUUCCUGGUUCCAGAUCACACGAUCAAAGACAUCAGCGGUGCCUCCUUUGCUGGCUUCUACUACAUCUGCUUUCAGAAGUCAGCAGCCUCCAUAGAGGGCUACUACUACCACAGGAGUUCAGAAUGGUAUCAGUCCCUCAAUCUAACCCAUGUUCCUGAACACAGCGCACCCAUCUAUGAAUUCCGGUGACAGCGGUUCAGAACAGCAACCAAAUAAAACUGAACUUGGCAAAAAAGAACUUUGCCAAGAAAAUUGUGUACCUGCCAGAACCAGGAGAACGUGUGUUCCUGUUUCUUCAUGAGCAGACUCGCAUCAGAAAGCAUGAAUGUUAACCCACAGAAUCCAAGGAGCAAGGCCGACUGGCGGGGCACGUGGAGGGGGCGGUCACCGUUCUCCAUCCCUCUCUGUGGCAAUUUGGGCUUCAUCUGUUUUUAAGCUACCUUAAGCGCACUUUCCCUUCCUGCACAGCUAACUUCCAUGUCACUGGAAUGUCCGCUCCUUCCUCUGUCCCCGCCUGCAGCUGAGUAGAAGGUCAGCUCCCACGUAGAAGGUCAGCUCCCGGAUCACCUUCAGCCUUGGUGCUCAGUGGUCCCCACCCAGGCCCCAGGCCUCCUCCCCUCCCCCAGUUGCUUUGUCUGGUAGCUUAAGAGAAGGCAGAGCCCCAGCACGUCUGUGCCCCCAGAGCUCUACACAGGGAGUUGGUGAGCUGCCGCAGCAUCUGCCACCAACGAGGCGAGGGACGGAGGCCAAGCCGGUCCCUACUAGGCCUCCUCAGUGUUCAGAUCUGAUGGCUUCGUGGGGUCAGCAGGCACUGUGGAGCCCUGUGCUGAUAAAACAGAGCUAGUAAGUGGCUGUGAGGUUCCCUGGGCCUGCCGUUGGGGACCGCUAGAUGUAAGGCUUCCAGAUCCCUGUCAGGAGCAGAUUCCAGUCCUGCUUAUUACUCAGUACAUUUGCUCCAAACUUUUGAACUUGAGGGCAAUACUAAACUUAAAAAUAAGAGUUUUUUUAUUACAAAAUUAUUUUUAUGGUCCCUUUAACGAGGACCCUAUGGCAAAUGCACAAUUAUUCAGAAUUACAUUUUAUCGUUUUCACAUUGAAAACAGCAAAUGUUGACUUAGUAAUUUUUAUAUCUAUAUCUAUAUGUAUAUGUAUAUUUAAUCAACCAGCAGUUUUGGAACUAGGCAUCCUGGUACAAAAGUUUUGCAGCAUUGCGUAAAUUAUAGUGCUAAACACAAGAACUGUUUUUGGGGCCAGUUUAGCAUUUGUACCUCCUCCUUUUGCUACUCAAAACAACAGUGCUUCAUGGCGACCUUUUCCAUGAGGCAGAAGAGGUCGUCAUUCUCCAAAAACAGUGACUCAAAUGUUGGGACAGGGGGUGGGGCGGGAAACGUGAACAUGCUCAAAUAACUCAAGGCUCACGUGCCAAAGUGUGUGUGUGGUUUUUCUGUUUUGUUUUUGUUUUUUUAAAUGUUUAAAAAGCUUCAUAGGUUGACAUCAGUUGUAGCCCGCAAAUAACGGGCAGGGCUUUAGGGAAUUGGCAUUUUCUGGUGGUUUACAAGACUUACUUGGAAUACAAGAGGAAAAGCUUUAAAAACAAGAGAGCAUUAUAACCCACAGGCGCAAAGCAGCCUGCAGGUUGUGCAUCCAUGGGCAGUGUAAGAGACCAGAAAGCCCUUCAGUAAGAUGAGAGGUGGGGGAAACUUUUUACUCUUAAGUGACUUUCCUUUUAAUGACAUAUGUACUGUAUGUUACUGAGAUUGAAUGUUAGGGGAAGCCUUAAAGUAGAAGUAUUUGGGAAGGUAGCCAGUGGGCACUUGUGAUAUCUAAAAUUUGUAGUCCCAGGACUUUGUACAGAGGUGUGACCCAACCAUUCAGUAAGGUCAGGGCCUCAGAACCGUAACAAGUCACCCCGGUGACUUAACGUGGAAAAGUGAUACAUAUCCAUUCCCAGAGAUGAGUCAGAAGUUUCUUGGAUCUGAAAAUUCAACAAGGCAUCAGAUUAGCCGGCUCUAGUCAAACCCUGCUGAUUUCAUAUCGAGAGGAGGUGCUCGCCAUCGCGUCAAUGAAGCUGACAGAUGUCACUGAAGAGCAGAGGAGGCUGUGGGGCUGUGCUGGCUCUCAUGCAGCUUGUGGCCGUCUCAACAUCACCUCGGCUCUGCGCAGCAUGUUGCUCAAUACCUUGUGCAUUCUGCGAGCCUCCUGGAAGGAUGCAGGCCCCACUCAGAGCACUGAGGGGUGAGGUCAUUCCCGGGGCCUGUGGGGGGUUCAUGUGUGUGGCCCUGAGUAGUGGGUCAAGUGGGCAGGGGGGGAUGUUUGCAAACACUGCUGGUGUUCUAGCCAGACAGGCCACGUUCCAGUGUAGGAUUUCUUUCUUCCUUUUUUUAGCGAGGUAAUGAAAUGGUGGUUUACUGGGGAAAAUGAAGAAGUAAUACCUUUACUGGAUCCUUCAGGCACAGCCGUGAUGAAGAUUUAUUUGAUUAAAAGUCUGCCUGCUGAGGAUAGGGAAGGGGUUCUUUUUCCACCACUUCUUAGUAACUCCCAAAUGACUGACAUCAACUCCUCUCUCUCUGUUCCUGAAGGAAAUUUCGGGAAUCUUCUCCACCUGUAGUUAUUCUUUCCUGAACCUUCUCAGUGGUUUACAUGCCUCUGAUACUAUGUGCAAUAUUUUCGGUUGACACUUGUAUCCAUCAUUAAGAAAUGAGUGCAGAUUGCAGAUUUUCUACUGUCUUCCUCCACCCCAAACAAGCCUGCGUGAGGUUGGGUCCUAGGGGUCCGGCCGUUACUGCUCCACUGCUUCAGAAGCUUCUGUUCUGUGGCCCCAGCUGCGGCCCUCGUAUGUGCUGGACUCAUCCCUUCCCCUCACCCGUCCUUGUGAAGUUUCUUUAGCGUUUCAGCUGCAGUCCAAGAGUAACUGAACAAUGCCUAAUAUUAAGUAGAAAAUCAAUCUGUGUGCUGGUUCUGUUGGUAAUGUUAAAAUCACAAACUCCAGGGGAGCAAAGGGGUUUUUCAAUGUCUUUGCUUUCAGAAACAGGGAAUUUAUAUUCUCUAAGGCCUUGAAAUGAUUUUUUUUCCCUCGUAAAAUAGUCUGAUAAGCUAAUUUUUAAAAAGAAAUGCCAUUAAGUAUGUUGCAUUGUGAUUUAAAAUUACUAACGAGUUCCGGGAAAGAAAAAUAGUAUUUGAUUUUGAAUCUUAAAUGUUUUGAAAAAUUAGAUUUGAAUGGGAGCAAAGUAUGAAUAUUUUGUUUCUUUAUGGAGGACAUGUGGAAAUAGUUUGAGGGUUUGGAAUGGGAGAAGUAUUUUGCAGAGCUAUCAAUGUCCAAAUAAUUUUUAAAAAAUAAUAAAGGUAUUUAAGCGGUGA